AUUUUUAUUAUUUUGUUAUUAUACCAUGAACAAUGUUACAACUGCCUUUCAUAAAUUCUUUUCAGCAUAUAAAAAGGAUACGAACAUUAGUUUGAAACUUAUUGAUGUUUAUCUUAUUUACAUCAUGUUAUCUGGUAUCCUUCAAUUUGUUUAUAUGAUGAUCGCUGGUACUUUUCCUUAUAACGCUUUCUUGGCUGGUUUCAUCUCUACUGUAGGUAGUUUUGUAUUAGCAGUUAACCUUCGUAUUCAAACCAACUCCCAAAAUAAGGACACUUUUAAGACAGUAUCUCCAGAACGUGCUUUUGCCGAUUUCGCCUUUUGUUCUCUCCUACUUCACUUCUUUUGUAUUAACUUUUUAGGCUGAAAAUAGAAUAUAGUUCUUUUUAUUUUUUUAAUCUAUCCUUUAGUAUUAUAUAUAUUCUUCAAUAAAGUGAUCAUAUUCUUACUUAUAA